AUGGCAGUCCUGGAAUACACAAUUGCAGACUUCAUUAAUCGAGAGUCGUGGUGGAGGAAUCGUGGUCUCCUGGUUUUAAACAUCUAUUUGAUAUUACCACUGCUGUCAUCAGUACUGAAUGGCCUUGAUUCGUCCAUACUAAACGGUCUGCAGAUUUUGCCCGGAUGGCAAGAAUACUUCCAUCAUCCGCAAGGAAAAACCUUAGGCCUCAUAAAUUCUGCCCAAGGCAUUGGUGCCCUCAGCGGGAUUCCAUUUUCCCCUUAUGUGUCUGACUUGCUAGGACGACGAGCGAGUAUGUUCAUCGGGGCAAUCAUCGUACUGGCUGGUGUCUUCACGCAAGCCUUAUGCACCACCGUGCAGGUAUUCAUCGGCGCUCGUGUGCUCAUUGGCUUAGGCAUAGCUUUCUCCAUCAAUGCUGCUCCCCUGCUCAUCAGCGAACUUAGUUAUCCAACGCAUCGUGGAAAAUUGACUGCUCUAUACAAUUCGAUGUGGUACCUUGGCAGCAUUAUCUCGGCCUGGAUCUGCCUGGUCGCUUAUGAUCGAACAGGGGCGUCGCAAUGGUCGUGGAGAGUCCCUGUAUUCAUUCAAGCUACUGUUCCUGUCCUUCAAAUGAUGUUGAUUUGGUUCAUACCGGAAAGUCCUCGAUUUCUAGCAGCUAAAGGUCUGGAAUCGCAAGCUGCGCGUGUCCUUGCUCAAUACCAUGCAAAUGGGCCAAAGCAAUGUGACCAUUUAGUAGCAUUCGAGAUGGCUCAAAUCCGACAUGCUCUGAAUGUUGAACGAGAGAUUGCCUCCAGUCCAUCCUACCUGACGUGUUUCGCAACUCCUGGUAACAGACGGCGCAUGUUUAUCGUUAUAUCGAUUGCAAUAUUCUCGCAGUGGAGUGGUAACGGUCUGGUCUCGGGUUACAUCAACAUUGUUUUGGAUGGGAUCGGCAUAACCACGACCCGGACAAAAGCCAUAAUUAACGGCUGUCUACAGGUUUUUAAUCUCGCUAGUGCUCUAUUAGGCACAACACUGGUGGACAAGUUGGGCAGAAGGAAGUUGUUCCUGACUUCAAAUAUCGGAAUGUUGAUCGUCUUCUCUAUGUGGACAAUUACUACCGCUCUUUUCAAGGAGACCGGGACACGAACAGCUACUGUACCGCUCAUUUUUAUGUUCUUCUUCUUUUAUGACUUUGCAUAUACGCCGAUGAUUAUUUCGUACACACUCGAGAUUCUGCCUUACAAUAUUCGCGCCAAGGGACUUGCAAUUAUGAACUUUUCUGCCUAUCUUUUCAAUACUUUUAACGCGUUCGUCAAUCCUUGGGCACUCGAUGCCAUAGGUUGGAAAUACUACCUUGUUUACUGUGGAUGGCUCGGUCUGGAGCUAGUAUUUAUGAUGGUGUUCAUUAUCGAGACGAAAGGUCGUACUCUGGAGGAAACCGCUGCUUUAUUUGACGGCGUGAGACCUCAGAAUACUACAGAACGGAAGGAGAGCGCAACUUUUUCCAGAACACCUCAAUACGCACCUAGACCACCCCGCCUAGAGAAGGAUAACCCAGACAACUAUUUCGAGCUUCAUGACAGCAGUAGUGCCCGGAGCAGUGCCUUUGGAUCACCUUCGCAUAUCGAGCUUCAGGAAUACAGUAGAGUGCAGAGCGAUGUCUUCGGAUCGCUUUCGCAUCUCGAAACACAGUCUGAAGAGUCUGCCAUUACGGCUGUUAACCACCAUCACGAUAUUGUAUCUUAG